GGAGGCUGAUGCUGGUUCAGCCCCUGGCUGGCUCCCUGCUAAACUCCUGAAGACCAUUCCUCUUCAAGAUCAGAAAUGGAUUUCAGCAGCUUUGUGGAAGCACCAGCGGCUGCGCUCUGACCUCAAACUCUGGUAUGAUCCACCAGAGCCAGCAUUGAUUUAUCACCAGAUCCCCACUCCAGAGCGAUUUUUCAGUCACCGGCUUCUUGUGUGGAUGCCAUACCACCUUUGGAAGGUCAGGCUUACCUGUCCUGUGUGUGGUAAACAUCUCACAGGCUAUGGAGCCCACAAGAGAGCCCGCCAGGUUCUGGAUAUUGACAGGUAUUACCUGUUGAUAACAGAGACUCUCUGGUGCAGCGCAGUUGGUUGCAAAACCAGCUACAUUUCCACCAGCAAAACCAUUUUGGACCAGCUGGACUUGGCCCACAGGCUUGAGUUCCGAAUAAUCCUUACUCAAAGAUAUGCUUGUGACAUGCGUGUCAUACGAUUUCUGAGACAGAGGACCCUUGGUAACAGUUCCUCCCGCUUGGUCAAGCAGCUGAGGGAAAACCACAGCGAGGAGUGGCUUAAGCACUCUGCCGGUACCUUGGUGCAUGCUCGGACUUUGCUGCCCGGCCAUGCCUGCUCCCUGUCCAGUUCCAGGAGCCGCCUGAGCCAGUAGCCAUACCAUCUCACAGGUGGAUGCUGGCUGUUAAUGGCAGAGACAUCCUGAGCAGGCUUGAACACAUCAAGGCCAGCAUAACAUCUACCUUUGGCAGUAUCCUGAAAAUGGACUCCACGAAAAAAAUCACUAAGAAGCUGUCGGGCCUUGCCAAGGGGACCGCCUUGUGGCUUACAUCUGUGAGCAACAAGGUGGGCCAAAUCCUCAUCAGUGUCCUGACUGCUCAGGAGGGUCCCGCUCUGGACAUUAUGGUAGCUGACCUCAUCCGCAGGUACAGCAAUGCUGGUGUGACCCCUCCUCAGCUACUUUAUGUAGACUGUGACUGUUGUCUGGAGGGCAGAGGGCAGACUAAAUUGCAGCAAAGAUUUGGUGGAUGGCCAGACCUGGUUGUGAAACUGGAUAUAUACCAUUUCAUGCGGCGACUGGCAUCGGGGUGUACAAAGGAUGCACAUCCUUUGUACCCCAUCUUCAUGGCAAAGCUGUCAUGCUGCAUUUUUGAGUGGGACAGUGAAGAUGUUGCCUUGGUGCGGCGAGCAAAGAGGGAACAGUUGAAAUGCGAAGGUGUCCCUGGCAUCACUGAGAAAAUGGUAGACCAGCACAUUACCAAGGAUGAACUGGCCCGGCACUGCAGAAGGCGGACAAGAGGAGAGCAGCAGACCAUUGUUCUGAUUGAGUGCCUCUUAAAUGAGCUGAUGGGGGAAAAGGGCAGAGAUCUUCUUGGUGUCCCUCUCUUGGACCAGGAGAGAAUGCAGCACAUCUGGCAAACCCAGAGGAGGCACGUUAAGUGCAUCCAGGAUGAACCAGGUGUACUCCUGUAUGCUCAGACUGGCACCACCACCAAAGAGGGCAUCAUCCUGCCAAAUUACAGGUGUGCUAGAGGGUCCACAUCGCUCGAGUCCUUCCACCUGCAUCUCAACAGGUUCAUUCCAGGAACGAGUGCCAACAGCCUGAAUUUCCAGCUGUACCUUCUGGAAGGCCUUAAGAGAUGGAACCAGGACCGUCAUGCCGCAUCUCUGGCAGUCAAGCCUCCUGCUUUGCUGACCUACUCAGGAGACCUUGUUCAAUGUGUCAACACACACAGUGUCAAGGUAUUUGGAAGGAAGCUCGUCCCCUCUUUUCAGCCACCGGCCGUUUACAAUGGGGAGCUAAUAGGUAUCGAUUACCUGUACCGCCAGACAGGGCAGGCCCUGCAGGAUGUACAUCCUGACUCGGAGGAGACUGAUCAGAUGCUGGAGGAUGUAGGCACUGAAGAAGAGUUGGAAGUUGAGAGCUUUGAGGAUGCUGGUUUGAGCCUCAGCCUGGACCCAACCAUUGAGCUGCUGGACUUGUCCUCUGGUCCACCACCUGGCUGA